AUGAAGGGCUUUGUUGGUGGAAUUCCUAUUGCCCUGCUGGCCGCGGCCGCGCAGGCCAUGGAGCAUGGCACUCAAAAUACCCAGGGCAUGCAGACUCACAGCCACUACCCACAUGUCGGCGGCACUGCCAUGGGCGGGCCAUCCGGCAAUGAUGCCGAUGGUGGCUUCACUGGUUUCAGCACCAAUGUGAACACCAAGACCGAUGUGGAUGAGUACAGCAAGGACGACCACUCGGUGAAGAUCAAGGACACCGAUGUUUACCCACCCCUUCGCCCUGUCUUUGGACCUGGCGAGGGUCCCUUCCCCAAGCGCAGCCUGUACCCUCACUAUGGAGGCACCGGUAUUGGUGGACCGUCCGGCAACGAUGAGGGCCAGACCUUCGAUAUGCCAAUUACCGCCAAUGUCCAGACCACCGUGGACGAGUACGCCAAGGACGAUCACUCCGUCAAGGUCAAGGACACCGACGUUCACCGACCUCCCGUCUUCGUUCCCACGGGUCCUCCUCACUCGGCUCAUGGCUUCAGCGGCUCUCCUGCAGGGUUUGGAGGCCCCGCUCCUGGUUUCCGUCAGACUGCCAACCCUACCGGUGACCACUACCAUGUCCCGGCUGCCGCGUUCGAGAAGCGCUGGGGCCCCGAGGAGCACGGUGGCACUGCCAUGGGUGGUCCCAGCGGCGGCGACGGCGACGACAACGACGACGCUCCUCGUGGAUUCGACGGUCCCUUCGUUUCUGGAGGUACUGCCAUGGGUGGUCCUUCCGGCGAUGACGAUGGUAUCAGCUUCAGCAACCCGACCUUUGUUGAUGUUCACAACAACGUGAACGAGUACAGCAAGGAUGAUCACUCCGUUGACAUCAAGAACAAGGACAUUUACCCACAUCCCUUCGUUCCCUUCGGUGGUCACCACAAGCGUGGCUGGGAGCCCGAACUGGGUGGUACUGCCAUGGGCGGUCCCUCUGGCGAUGACGGUGGUCAAACUUUCUCCGCUCCUAUCACCGUUGAUGUCACGACCGGUGUUCACGAGCAUUACGAGGAUGAUCACUCCAUUGAUCUCCAGCACGAGGACGUCUACUCUCCUCCUUCCUUCGCCAUUGCUGGCGGUCCCGGUCCCGUCAUUCCUCACGGCGGUGCUCCUUUCCGCCGUGCCUACCGCUCUCCUGACCGUGUUGCCGACGGUGGCACUGCCAUGGGUGGUCCCAGCGGCGGCGACGGCGACGACAACGACGACGCUCCCCAUGGAUUAGACGGUCCUUUCGUUUCUGGGGGUACUGCCAUGGGUGGUCCUUCCGGCGAGGACGGUGGCGUCAGCUUCAGUAAUCCUACCUCCGUUGGUGUGGACAGCAACGUGAAUGAGCACUCUGAGGACGACCACUCCAUCAAGGUGGAUACUACCCACGUCCACCCUCCCGCUGCGGCCGUCCCUCACAUGCCCUGGAUGCCUUACCAGGAGGCCACCGUUGAGCACCCUGGCCCCGUUGCUGUCCCUGAGGCUGAGACUAUCGAGGCGACUCCCGCUCCUCCAGCUACCCCUUCAGCCCCCAUCUCCGAGGUUCACGAGGAGCAGGCUGCAUCUCCCUCCACUCCUCGCGAGGACCAAGACAACCAAGAGCAGGUCCCCCAGUGCGCUGCCCAGACCCACGAGGUUGUUCGUACCGUGACCAAGACCCAGUAUAAAGAGGUCCACCCCACUCUGACCGUCUACGCGACCCCCGUCGUGUCUCAUGCUGUCCUCCAGACCACCGCCGCCGUGCACAUGUCUGCUACCCCCGAGGAGACGUACGUUGACCCCAAGGUCGUCUACUCCGCGCCCGUUGCACCUUCCUCCUCCAUCCCCUAUCACAUCUACAACUCCCAGAGCCCCAUGAGCUCCAGCGUUGCCUACUCCAUGAUCCCCGUGCAUGUCCCUGUGGCCACUCCCUCGUCUAGCAACGUGAUGCUGUCCGUGGCUACCCCCUCCAGCAGCCACGGCCUGCCUAUCGGUGCCGAUGCCCUGCAGCGUCCUUCCACCUCUGCCAAGCCGUCUGCCGUCAUGUUCCAAGGCAGCGCCGCUCGUGUCUCUGGCGGAAUUGCCUCGGUUGCUGCUGCUGUCGUCGGUGUUCUUGCCUUCGUGCUGUAA